AGCUGCUAUGCUCGUCAGCCUAUCCCAACACCUCGACGAUAUUGGUUUCGACACCUUGGGCAGCUGCAGAUGAUACAACGGCGCAUAUAGCCAACGCCCCGGCUCAAGAAGUUGCUUACAACAGCUACACACAUGCAGACUUGCGCACGUUCAUGCAGCAUGCGUCGACGUCGCCGCGACGUGCAACGCGUGGUCGCGGCAGAGAUGUGCAGCCACAGGAACGGAUCGUCUCCUUGGACAUCGGACAAAUGACGACGGUGUGGAUCGGCGUUCGAAUGUGUCGAGCACUCUGCGACCUCGAGGCGCAUGUUUUGGACUCUUAUAAUCAGCGGACUACCUCAGGGCCCCGCGCCGAUCCCAACACCGAGUCCAUCACGUCAAGCGCAGUCCUCGAGGGUCUCAGCGCCACCUGCUCGAGGACUAUGUGCGUGUCGCGCUUCCCAUUGGGAUUCCCAAGGCUCGCUCACAUGGUCUCCGGAGAACGCGGUCACGUCGCGUUCGGCCCACAAACUUCCUUGGUUCUGCCACAUCCUGCGCUGCUCUACGAUUCUAGACCCCCGUAUACUCGAGCACGUUCGACUGCUGUAAACGAACGGAGCAACCCAGGAGCCCAUCCCACUGGCAAAUCCUGCCCGCACGUUCAAGAAUCAGGGGGCGCCGCGCCCUAACCCCGCGACCAGGACCCGCGAUACCGAUUGCUGGACAGCCCCGGUGCUAAGUUUGUCCUGGAAUCCGAAUAUCCGCUGUCAUUUCAGUGGGAGAUACGGGGGCGAGCCACGCGGGCCUCAUGUGCGAACUGAUACCGCGCAUCACUGAGCAGCAGCAGUGAUAUCAGCU